AUGGCUUCAAGAAGAGUUUGUUUAUGGCUUUUAUUUAUGAUUAUCACACAAGCAGUCGGAGAAGAUACACAAUCAAUGCUAAUGUCUUUAAUGGUUGAUUUCAAGUUUCAAUGUGCGAAUACAACUUGUUUACCAUUCGUUAAUAUUUUUACAUCAAACAUUAGGAAUUGUCAAUUUGCCUGUUUAGGUCAAAGUCAAUGCAUAGCAGCAACUUUUCAUCGAUCAACUUCAAAUUGUGAAUUAUUUGCCCAUAUAUUUAACCAAAACGGAAAUAUGUUGACUGAUUCAGACACUACUAGUAUGAAUGUUAUUAGUGGAACACGAUUUCCACCAGAACCGACUGCGACAUCAACAUCCACAACAACAACAACAACAACAACAACAACAACAACAUCAUCCAUAACUUCAACAACAACAACAACAACAACAACAGCAACAACCACAACCUCAACAAUAACAACAACAACAACAACAUCAUCCACAACCUCAACAACAACAACAUCAUCCACAACCUCAACAACAACAGCAAUACCGAGUCAGUACUAUGUUGAAUGA